UUCACGUGGAAAAUGGCGGACUCCGUCCAAGGCGAAGAGAAGCUGAGUAAAAAAGUUCCCCUGCCCUUGAUAAAGUUAUAAAAAUGGAGCUAGGAUGAAGAGAUAAUUACUUGCCAAUAUCAUGCACUCUUUGUGUACAGUUUUGGGUGUAUGGAGAAGACCCCAGAUUUUAAAACAGCCAAUAGCCAGUUUUCAUCUGAAUUUCCAGCCUUUGUUUAAAAGCAAAAGUGAACUGAAGAGACGACAAAAAUUGGAAAAGAAAGCCCAGGAAAAGGCAGCAAAGCAGGCAGCUCAGGUAGCUCAAGAUGAGGCCAAGCCAGCCCAAAAGAAGGCAGAAAAUAAGCCAGAGGAGGAAAUUGACCCUAAUGAAUACUUCAAGCUGAGGAGUGCGGCAGUUGCCCACCUCAAGGAGAAGGGAGAGCAUCCAUACCCACAUAAAUUCCAUGUGUCCAUCUCUCUGACAGAGUUUGUGGAGAAGUACAAUGGACUACAGGCUGGGGAACAACUUAGUGAGGUUGUCAGCGUGGCAGGCCGUGUUCAUGCAAAAAGGGAAUCGGGACAAAAGCUUAUAUUUUAUGACUUGAGGGCAGAAGGCACCAAGCUUCAAGUAAUGGCUAAUGCAAAAAUAUAUGAGUCGGGACCAGACGGUUUUGCAAAAAUCAAUGAAAAGUUAAAAAGAGGAGAUAUCAUGGGAUGCAUUGGAAAUCCAGGUAAAACCAAGAAGGGAGAGCUGAGCAUUCUUCCCACAAAAAUGGAGCUGCUUUCUCCGUGUCUUCAUCAACUGCCUCACCUCCAUUAUGGUCUCAAAGACAAGGAGACCAGAUUUAGGCAAAGAUACUUGGACCUUAUUCUAAAUGACAAUGUGCGGAUGAAGUUUGUGACCAGGGCAAGAAUUAUCAAUUAUAUCAGAAAAUUUUUAGAUGGACUUGGUUUUCUGGAGAUUGAGACACCCAUGAUGAACAUGAUCCCAGGUGGAGCCACUGCCAAGCCUUUCAUUACACAUCACAAUGACCUUGACAUGGAUCUGUACAUGAGGGUUGCACCCGAGUUAUAUCACAAGAUGUUGGUAGUUGGAGGCAUAGACCGUGUGUACGAGAUAGGUCGGCAGUUCAGAAAUGAGGGGAUUGACUUGACACACAAUCCAGAGUUCACGACAUGUGAAUUCUACAUGGCAUAUGCAGACUAUCAGGACUUGAUGAAGAUUACAGAAACAUUGGUGUCAGGCAUGGUCAAGUCAAUUACGGGUAGCUACAAAGUGGUCUAUCACCCAGACGGACCAGAAGGGGAGGCACUGGAGGUGGACUUCACACCACCCUUCAGAAAGAUCAGCAUGAUCAAGGAUCUGGAAGACAUUCUGAAGGUGAAGUUUCCACCAGCCAAAGAUCUUGGCACUGAAGAAACCAGGCAGUUCCUGGAGAAGCUGUGUAUACAACACAAUGUGGAGUGUACUCCACCCAGGACCUCAGCCAGGUUACUGGAUAAGCUGGUUGGAGACUUUAUAGAGGUCCAGUGUGUCAACCCUACCUUUAUAACUGACCACCCACAGGUCAUGAGCCCACUGGCCAAGUGGCAUCGCUCCACCCCUGGAUUAACGGAGCGUUUUGAGCUGUUUGUGAUGAAGAAGGAGAUCUGCAAUGCAUACACAGAGUUGAAUGACCCUGUAGUACAGAGAGAGAUGUUCAACGCUCAAGCCAAAGACAAGGAUGCAGGUGAUGACGAGGCAAUGUUUGUAGAUGAAAACUUCUGCACAGCUCUGGAGUAUGGUCUGCCCCCCACGGCUGGCUGGGGAAUGGGCAUUGACAGAGUGACCAUGUUCUUGACCGACUCCAAUAAUAUCAAGGAAGUCCUCUUCUUCCCACAAAUGAGACCCGAGGCCAACACUGUACCAACAGAAGAAGCAGAAGCAGAGAAGAAAUAGCAAAGUUUAGAAAAAAUGCACAAUUUUGACACAACAAACAAUAUUGGGGGGAAAACAUCCCAUUGGAACGAAUAAUAAUAACACUGAAGGAAAUGCAAGGAUUGAACAAUUCGAAAGAAAACCUUGAAAUGUAUCUCUGUUGUUUUUGAAAAAUAUCACCACUGAAUGUUCUGAAAAAUAUCACCUCUGAAUGUUAACUUGUAUAACCAAGAGAGACAGUAAAAAAGCAACUUUUUAAUGGCUAAUGAAGAUGGAAAAGUGCUCAGUUGAUAAGUACUUACUGCAAAAGAACUUUUGAAUUCAAGUAGUUUGCUUUGUUAAAUACAAAGAAGAAGCAAAAUAAAUUGAUGUUAUUGAAAAGAUAACAAGAAGCCAACACAAUAAACUGAUGUAAAAUUUG